UAUAAGCGUUUUUCAAAAGCUGCUGCGUAAACCAAGAAAAAAAUCACACAAAAAAAUCAACAGGCUCAACCAAUUGCCAGCCAUCACAGCCAAUCAAUAUCAAAAAGCGCAAGUUUUGACGCUGUAGUCUGGGACCGAAAUGAAAACACCGCAUAUUUCCAUUAACGAAAAAUGCAGCUUAUUUUUAAUUGCUUGCAUCUGCACAUAUAAUUCACAACCAAUUCACAGCAAAUUCAUCUUGGUCAUGUCGGCUGUAUUUACACUCAAAACGCAGGACGAGGUCGACGCAUUGUGGGCUGGCGAGGCAUUUGCGCCAGUGUUUGCACGCAGCGUGCAGCCCGCGCUGGCAGUGCUGUGCAUGACAGUGGGGCUGGUGUAUGCGGCCAAGUACGCGGUAACGCGGCGUGACGCCGGGCGCGAGGCGCUCUACGCGGCGGUAGCAUCGGCGGCGCUGGGCCUGGGCGCGGUGGUCGGUGUGCAGGCGCUCGGGCUGUACUUGUAACUGCGCAUGCGACUGUACCGCUACCACUGACCUAGUGCAAGCAUGCUGGAGCCCGAUGGAGCCGGAUGGACCCGAUGGAGCCGGAUGGACCCG